AUGUUCGCUAAAAUCGCAACUCUUCUUGUUAUUAUCUUCUCAGCCUUCUAUUUUGGCUCAUCUGAUGCUCAAAUUGUUUAUCCAAGUCUAGCCUAUCCAACAUAUGCUUCAUAUGCUUCUUCAUAUUAUCCAUCAUAUUAUUCUGGAUAUGUUUCUGCUGCUGCACCUGGAUAUGCUUAUGCUUGGGGAUCGAAUAAAGCUAAAACUGAUAGCUCAUCUUUUGCUGCUGAAACAUCGCCAUCUGGAUUGACAAAUAAUAAUUAG